GGAUGCAGUGACUUAUGAUGAUGUGCAUGUGAACUUCACUGGGGAAGAGUGGGAUUUGCUGGAUCCUUCCCAGAAAAGUCUCUAUGAAGAGGUGAUGUUGGAGACCUACCAGAACAUCACUGCUAUAGGCUACAAUUGGAAAGACCAUCAUAUUGAAGAACAUUGUCAAAGUUCUAGAAGACAUGAAAGGAAUGAAAGAAGUCGUAUUGGAGAGAAACCCUAUGAAUGUAAUCAAUGUGGUAAAGCCUUUGCACGUCACAAUCAUCUCCAAAUACAUAAGAGAGCACAUACUGGAGAAAAACCUUAUGAGUGCAAUCAGUGUGGUAAAGCCUUUGCAUGUCACAGUCGUCUCCAAAGACAUAAACGAACACAUACUGGAGAGAAACCUUAUGAAUGUAAUCAAUGUGGUAAAGCUUUUGCACGUCAUAGUCAUCUCCAAAGACACGAAAAAACACAUAAUGCAGAGAAAUCUUAUGUAUGUAAUCAAUGUGGUAAAGCUUUUUCACAGCAGAGUAGUCUCCAAUAUCAUAAAAGAACACAUUCUGGAGAGAAACCUUAUGAAUGUAAUCAAUGUGAUAAAGCCUUUGCAUUUCACAAUAGUCUCCAAUAUCAUAAACGAACACAUUCUGGAGAGAAACCUUAUGCAUGUAAUCAAUGUGGUAAAGCUUUUCCAUUUCAGUACAGUCUCCAAAAACAUAAAAGAAUACAUACUGGAGAGAAACCUUAUGAAUGUGAUCAAUGUGGUAAAGCCUUUUCACUUGUGAAUCGUCUCCAAUAUCAUAAAAGAACACAUACUGGAGAGAAACUUUAUGAGUGUAAUCAAUGUGGUAAAGCAUUUGCAUUUCACAAUAGUCUCCAAAAACAUAAAAGAAUACAUACUGGAGAAAAACCUUAUCAAUGUAAUCAAUGUGGUAAAGCAUUUUCACAACAGAGUAGUCUCCAAUAUCAUAAAAGAACACAUACUGGAGAGAAACCUUAUGAGUGUAAUCAAUGUGGUAAAGCAUUUGCAUGUCACAAUAGUCUCCAAAAACAUAAAAGAACACAUACUGGAGAGAAACCUUAUCAAUGUAAUCAAUGUGGUAAAGCAUUUGCACAUCACAAUAGUCUCCAAUAUCAUAAAAGAACACAUACUGGAGAGAAUCCUUAGGAAUGAAAUCAAUGUGGUAAAGCCUUUGCAAGUCACAGUCAUCUCCAAGUACAUGAAAGAACACAUUUUAGAAAGAAACCUUAGAAUGCAAUCAAUGUUGUAAAGACUUUGGAUGUACGACUAAUCUCCCGAGACAUAAAGGAACAUAUACUGGACAGAAACCUUAUGAAUGUAAUCAAUGUGGUAAAGCAUUUGGAAGUCACAGUCAUCUACGACGACAUAAAAGAACACAGGAGAGAAACCUGGUUAUUGUUUACAUAUUGACAUAAGUGUUGUCUCCUCUCAGCUUCUAAGCACAGGACCACCUGAGGUGGCUCCUUCUGACUUGCCAAGCCAGCUCUAUUGUUUGCACCUGCCACUGCUCUUCAAAACAGUCACCUUCCAAAGCAGUCACCACUGCCUGCUGAGAAGCAGCAGAACUCAGCACCUUUAUCCAUGUGGCUCUGACUUUAGAGGCAAGAAUAGAAGGGACUACUGGGAAAAGUGAUGCUUGUUAGCUGUAGCUGAGAAAUUAGAAGUGAUGAAGAAGAGACCAGCAUCACUGAGGUGAAAGCUUCUAGGAAGUGUUUUCUGAGAGGACAAAGAAGCUGUGUUCCAGAGAUAUCCAGGAUUGUACCUUGUGUUGCAUCUGAACUUGGUCACAUGUAAGAAUCACCCAGGUGGUACUGGUUUUGAAGGCAUGAUGGUGUCAUGAGGAGCAGCUGAGGCUUGAACCCAUGAAGGGAGCAUAAGUGAGGCUAUCAUGAAGCCUAGUUGCAGCAGAAGAACCCAACAUAUUGAAGAUGCCAGUCCCAUGGGAUGAGCAGAAAGAGCAGCAGCAGCAGUAGAGUGGAGUCAACCAAAGCUUAGAGUGAUUCAGAGGGCAGAGCUGGAGAAGUGACCAUAUCUCUUUGGAGGAGU